CGAUACGAAUAAUUAUAGUAAUGAAAUAGAUAUAAUUCUUGAGAAGAAACCCAUAAUCACGAACAAUUCUAUUUCCGAUAGAAUUCUCGAUUAUGCAGGAUGCACGGAAAUAGAAAAUAUUCCAGAUAACAUUAUGCAAUCUCCACAUACUUCUUUGUUAUGUAGAAUGGUAAGAAUAGGCUCUUAUAAAUAUAUUCCUCGGGAUAGAGUCUUAAUCUCGCAAAAUGGAAUAAGAUUUAAUGUACCUUUAUUGAAAGAUGAAAAAACCUUUGUAAAAUUAGACAUUAAGGUUCGAGAUAUAGUAAAAGUACUAAUUCAUUUUGGUAAAUCAAUGCCAGUGCUUUUCUUUUAUACAUCUAUUAAUACUGCAGCUAUGAUUCGUGAAUUAUUAGGAAUGCAGGACCCGAAAGGACCAUACUAUGAUCCUGUUGGAAAAAAUCAUACACAUAAACGAAUAACUUUAUUAACAGAGAAAUUAUCAGAAGAAUCAAAAAUUGUAUUAAAAACAUUAUUCUCGCGAAAAAACUUAUUAGAAGAAGUAGAUGCGAAAGAAGCACAUGAUAUUUUUGAAGGAUCAUCGCCGAAAAAUAAUGUACAAAAGAAAAAUCUAUCGAAGAGAAAAAUCCAAACACAAAUAACAGCUAAUUCAAAUGAUAGUAGUAUACAAACAAUAAUUAUAUAUCCCCCACCACCUGCUAAAGGUGGUAUAACCAUUAGUACCGAGGAUUAUUUAUGUCUUGGAGAGGAUCAAUUUUUAAAUGAUGUAAUUAUAGAUUUCUAUCUAAAAUAUUUAACAUUGGAAGUUCUAUCAGAAUUUGAUCAACAGAGAACUCAUGUAUUUAGUUCGUAUUUUUAUAAACGAUUGACAAGUCCACACACUCAAGCAAUUGAAAGCAAUGUGUCUCUUACACCCGCUGCUAAGAGGCAUGCAAGAGUUCAAAAGUGGACGAAAAAUGUCAACAUAUUUGAAAAAGAUUUUAUUAUAAUUCCUAUAAAUGAACAUGCUCAUUGGUUUUUGGCUAUUAUUUGUUUUCCCGGAUUAGUGGGUAAAGUUUUUGCACAAAAUAAACAAUCUGAUGAAAAUAGUAUUCAUAAAAUUGUACAAAAAAGUAAAAAAUUAAAAGAAGUAGAACUUCAAACUGUUACUAUCGGAAGCACAACACUCAAACCAAUAACGACCAUUGUGACUAUAGAUCAGGAUGAUGAUGAUUCAGAACGAGAUAAAGCUGAAGGUGAUACUGAAGAAAUGGAAAUGACUAGCAAAGAUGACACCCUGCAUAUUAAUAUUUGAUUCUCUUGCUGGAACAAAUAGAAUACAUAUAGUAACUACAUUAAGAG